AUGCCGCCUGUUCACCCUCAGAUACUCGGUAAGUUAGAACAUUCUCAGAAGGUACUCGAGACAACGCCAUCAGGACAUCCAACUCCUGCUAAACUCCCAUCUCGCAAUCCAACCCGCUCCUUCUGGAUUGAUUCUUCCCCGGAUGCCAAUCCGCUCGCUGGCCAAGGCAGCCAAGAUCCUCUGCCUAGCGAGGCAGACAUCUGCAUCAUCGGGGCUGGUUUCACUGGCUGUCGGCGUCGCAAAAGAACGUUUACAGGAAGAAAUGGUGGACAUCUUACACCGGCCGCGUUCACCAGGUUUGCUCAACGUCAGGCAUUAUUUGAUACGGUCGAGGCAAUUAAGUCAUAUGAACUGGAGCAACAUACCACUUCUCUACUCGUCAAGAUCAUAGAGGAGAAUGGCUGGGCGAGCGACGUCGACCUCGUAGAAGGUGGACACAUAAGUCUCUUAUUCACGGAGAAGGAAGCAAAAAACGCGCACAAUGACUUCGAUAUGGCACGUCAAGCACAGCUCAAUCUAGAUGGUGUGGAAUGGCUCUCGAAGGAGGAACUCGAGAAGGAAUAUGGCGUCCCUUACCCAGGAUUCCGCAGGCCAGGGUAUAAUGUGUGGCCGCUAAAACUCGUCACAAAGUUGUACCAGCACGCUCAAGCACACGCUAGGCAAUACGCCUCCCUCAGCUUGCAUACUCGGACGCCGGUGACUGCAGUCACGCAUGAAACGACUUCCACCUAUACAGUCGUGACGAACUGGGGUAGCAUAUCGUGCUCCCGUAUCGUCCAUGCUACGAAUGGAUAUGCCUCUCACCUCCUUCCUUUCCUCGCGAGUCCAGAUGGAAUUAUACCCGCUCGAGGACAAGUAAUGACCACCCGUGCUUCUGUCGGUACUGAUCAAAUCAAGAUAUCGAGCUGGAGUGGAAACAAAGGGUUUGCAUACUGGUUCCCCCGACCCGUAACACGCGACACCGAAAAACCGUUGAUCAUCAUCGGUGGUGGCCAGGAAGCUGCGGCACCCAGUCGUGAGCUAUAUGUGGAUGAUGACUCUGAAACGCACCCUCUCGUUGGGAAAGCGCUCCGCGAGUUCUUGCCAUCUGUAUUCGAAGGUAAAUAUGACCCUCAUUCGGAGCCUGAGAUGGAAUGGACUGGCAUCACGGGCUACACGAAGACGGGGGAUCCAUUUGUACGUCCAAACUUACUCGCAGCCAAUCCAGAUAGAGACCUGUACAAGAAACAGUACAUCGCCGCAGGAUAUACUGGUCAUGGAAUGCCGCGCGCAUUCGGUUGUGCCGAAGUUAUCGCGCAAAUGAUUCUAGCUGAGAUUUCUGAUAAAGAGUGGAAGGAACCCGAUUGGCUUCCACAACGUUAUCUGACAUGGAAUAGACGAGUCGAGUAA